AUGUCGAAGGAUGAAGCACUUACUGCAGAUGAAAUUGCUCUUUACGAUAGGCAAAUCAGAUUAUGGGGUAUGGCCACUCAAUUGAGGCUCAGAUCCGCAAAGGUAUUGAUAGUCAACGUCGGUGGAGUAGGGACAGAAAUCGUGAAGAACUUGGUUCUUGGAGGUUUGAACUCUAUCGAACUUUUGGAUAGUUCUGUGGUCAAGGAAGAAGACUUUGCUGCCCAAUUUUUUUUGCCCAACGACGAUAGUAUCAUAGGUCAGCCAAAAUUGCCAAUAAUUGUUGAAAAGAUCAAAGAAUUGAAUAACAGAGUCAAGUUGAACAUAAACACCACCCCAUUGGAGAGUAUAUUUGAGGAUCCAUCAUAUUUCAAACAGUUUGAUUUAAUAAUAGCCACUGAGUUAAACAGAAGUCAGUUGUUUGCUCUCAACCAACACACAAGGGCGUUGAGCAUUCCUUUGUAUGCUACUGGAUUACACGGAUUGUUUGGAUAUAUUAUUACAGACUUAAUUGAACAUUAUUCUACACCACAAAAGGAAGCUGGAAAUCAACUUAGAGAGCCAAAUACCAAAAUUAACAGAAGCAAGACUAUAACUAAAGUCGAUUUUGACAAGGGUAGCAACACUGAAACCUUGACUAUUUUGGACGAAUUUGUUCCUAUUCCCCAGAUCUUUAAAUCCAAGGAAUUACCAAACCAGCUCAACAAAAGGCAAUUGAAAAGAUUGUCUGCUUCAUUUCCCUUGAUUUUUUCAUUGUUCGAAUUUGAAAAGCCAUUGAACCCCGAGGAUGUGAUCGACAAGGAACUUUUAAGAGCCAAGGGUAUCCAAUUAUGUGAACAAUACGGUAUUCCAACUGCCUCCAUAACAGAAGAAUACUUGGACAUGUUUUCAAACCAAGCCUUCACAGAGUAUUCCCCCGUAGCUGCGGUCUUGGGAGGAACCUUGGCCCAAGAUGUUAUCCAGUUCUUGAGUAAAAAGGAAAGUCCUAUAAACAAUGUCUUGAUUUUGGAUUCUGUCAAGUCGGAAAUGCCAAUAUACUUACUAUAG